GAAUCCUUCACUUUGGCCAUGGCUGCUUCAAAUUCGGAUGCGCAGGCAUCGGGUCUGGCCGAUGGUAUGGAUCCGUCGCACACGUACAUCCCGAAUCAGGGAUAUGUGAAGGAAGAUGGCUCUCUCCCCGCCAUGGCGGGGCAAGACUCUGCCGCACAGGAAAACGAAGAAGAGGAGGGGGACGACUACUACGACGAUAUCUUCGAAGAGGACCUUGAUGAGGAAGACUUCAGCUCCUCCAACCCCGCCGACCUCACAAAAGCGUACAACCGCCAGCGCAAAACGAACGAGGUCGCUGCGGACCCCAACGCCCCCAAAUGGACGCUCCCCAAGACAAACGUGCAGAAGCCCACCGUGAACACACAUGCCUCGGUCGACGAUCAGAUUAAGUCUUUGACGAAACACGCCGGCAAGAUUCGCCUUGAUGACACACAAUCGGGACUGGCAGCGCGUGGUGACCGUGGCGGUGACCGUGCCGACAGGGCGACCUCCGAGCAGGUCCUGGAUCCCCGCACACGAAUGAUCCUGCUGCAGAUGAUCAACCGCGAGAUUGUCUCCGAGAUUCACGGAUGUCUAUCCACUGGUAAGGAAGCCAACGUCUACUACUCCAUCUCGUACCCGGACGGCGAAGACACCCCGCUGCACCGUGCCAUCAAGGUCUACAAGACCAGCAUCCUGGUGUUCAAGGACCGUGACAAGUACGUGACCGGCGAGUUCCGAUUCCGACAGGGAUACAGCAAGAGCAACAACCGCGCCAUGGUGAAGCUGUGGGCGGAGAAGGAAAUGCGCAACUUGCGCAGACUUUACGCGGCCGGAAUUCCGUGUCCCGAGCCCAUUCACCUGCGUCUCCACGUCCUGGUCAUGGGCUUCGUCGGAAGCUCGAAGGGUGUCGCCGCUCCCCGGCUGAAGGACGUCGAGUUUGAUGUCCCCGACCCGGAGGCCAAGUGGCGCGAGAUCUACCUGGAGCUGCUCGGCUACAUGCGCGUGAUGUAUCAAACCUGCCACCUGGUCCACGCCGAUCUGAGUGAGUACAACAUGCUCUACCACAAGAACAAGCUCCACAUCAUCGAUGUCAGUCAAAGUGUGGAACACGAGCACCCGCGCAGUCUGGAAUUCCUGCGCAUGGAUAUCAAGAACGUCAACGACUUCUUCCGCCGCAAGAACGUCGACAUUCUGAGCGAGCGGGCUAUCUUCGAAUUCGUUAUCUCCAGCGAAGGCCCGACCAUGGCCACCCCGGCCGAGCCCAUGCUCGAGGCAAUCGAGCACCUCUACGCCACGCGUGGGGAGAAGGCCGAGGACGAGCAAACCGACGUCGACGCCGCCGUCUUCCGUCAGCAGUACAUCCCCCAGACGCUGGAGCAGGUGUACGAUUUCGAGCGCGACGCCGAGCAGGUGCGUGCCGGAAAGGGCGAUGACCUUGUUUACCGGGACCUUCUUGCGGGGAGCAAGAAGCCCGCACCGGCCGACGAUGACGCGAGCGACGCCGGCUCCGAUGCCAGCGGCGGCGUGUCCGUCGACGGAUCCGACUCCGAGGAGCACGAUCCGUUCGCGCCGAAACCCCCUCGCGGCAAGCGGUUCGAGGACAAGGACUCCAAGCGCGACCACAAGCAGAAGGUCAAGGAGGAGAAGCGGGAGCAGCGUGCCAACAAGAUGCCCAAGCACUUGAAGAAAAAACUUGUGUCUGGGUCGGCUCGCAAGAAGAAAUGAGCAAUUCGCCCUUGUUUUUCUCUUCUCAACAUCCCUUAUUUCUAGGAUCUAUCACACUUGGGGUUACGGGAAAUCAAAAGUUGCUUUGGAUGCGUACGAUCUGAUGAUUUAUGACUGGGUUGUUUGAUAGAUAGUCAUGUUUGGAUGCAUAUAUAUUCUUUCUAAGCUGUGGCUAUUUUUUUUCUCUC